AUGAAUCGAGAAGAGCACUACUAUUCCCCCGCGCAGCUGUUCAAAGACCCCUGCCCCUACCAGAGACCCCACAGCGAGGAAUUCAGCCACAGCCCUCCGCCCUGCCUCUACAUGGGCCGGCAGGCUCAGUCCGUCUAUUCCUCGCCUUCCAUGGGAGGGCUAGACCAGGCAAGUCUCCCUGAUAUUGCUCCGUACAGUAUGCCCAUGCGAGAGGACCCAGGUGUGCCGCAGCUCCACCACCCCCAGGCGCCCCAGCAGACUCUCCAACCGGGGGGUUACGGAGACCCGGGGGAGCUGGCUCUGUGUGCGGAUAGGAACAGAUACCACCUGCCUUUCCCCUGGAUGAAAAGCACCAAGUCUCACGUGCAAACCUGGAAGGGACAGUGGGCAGGCCACUACAUGGAGGCAGAGGAGAACAAGCGGACAAGGACUGCCUACACGAGAGCCCAGCUCCUGGAGCUGGAGAAGGAGUUCCUGUUCAACAAGUACAUUAGCCGGCCGCGGCGUGUCGAGCUGGCCCUCACCCUCAGCCUCACAGAGAGACACAUCAAGAUCUGGUUCCAGAACCGACGGAUGAAGUGGAAGAAGGAGGAGGACAAGAAGAGAGUGAGGGGGGUCGACCCCGAGCAGGACUCGUCCAUUACGUCAGGGGACCUGAAGGAUGAGGCUGGGCUGGGGGUCGGGGGGGCUGGGCUGGGGGUCGGAGGGGCUGGAAUGGGAGUCGGGGGGUCAGGGGUUGGGGUCAGGGUCGCGGUGGCAGGGGCUCCCACACCGGCACCUCUCACCACUACCACCACACCCCCCUCACCCCUACACUCCCACUCCCUGUCAGGUUCUAGAGACUCGGCUUAG